UUUCAUUACAACUUUAGUCAAUAGAGCAACUAAAAUGUUCCCUCUAUUCAGUUUUUAUAUUGAGAAAUUGUAUAUAACCUAUAAAUUGUGACAUUCAAUAUGUUUUGUUUAUUAAUUAUAUGAAGGUUGGCCUAUAAUUAAAGAAAGAAAUUUUGAAAAGUAUCAUGUGUUAAAAAAAACUUCAAAUAUAAAAAUAAUAUUGGAAAAUGUAUUCUAAGGAAGAAAUUGAGAAAAAAAGACUUUCAGCUUUAGCGUUGAGACAGAAAAAAAAUAUAAAUUCAGAAAAUGUACCAAAAACACGAGUUGCAAUAGUGCCUACUGGGGUAAAUAAAAAUAAUUUCCAAGGAACAUCAAGUUCAAACAAAUCUAAUGUUUAUCGGCAAAAAUCCACACAAAAUCGUUUUGAUCCAAUAAGUACGAAUAAAUUUUAUCCAAAUAAAACAGAAUCAAUUAUGGGAAAUUGUAUUAUGAUUAAAAAUGAUCGAUUUGCUGUUGAAUUGGCAAAAUUUUCCGCAUCACUUAUUGAAUUAUUUAAAACAAUUCCCACCAAAGCUUAUGAUUUACAGAAACGAUUAUGGAAUUUUCAUUUAAAAGACUAUGAACUUCUAUUGGAAAAAUUAAUGAGACGAUCUGAUUGUAGAAUAACUGGCCUGCCAAAAUUUACUAAACAAACUUUUGAUAAAGUGAAUCAAUCGACGGAAAUUAAAAUAGAUUUUUCUUCUAUUGAUGAAACUUUGAGAGAGUCAUUGAUGCCUUUUCAACAGGAAGGCAUUCGUUUUGGAAUAAUGAAAAGAGGUCGUUUGAUGAUAGCAGAUGAUAUGGGACUUGGAAAAACUAUUCAAGCUUUAGGAAUUGCUGAUUAUUAUAAAGAUGCCUGGCCAUUAUUAAUAGUAACACCGUCUUCAGUUAGAUACCAAUGGUCUGAAGCAAUUUUUAAAUUUUUGCCCUCAGUUCCUACACAGAGAGUGCAUCAUUUUUGUAAAAAUGAAAGGGGUUUUGAAUUCGAUAAAGUUACCAUUGUUUCAUAUGAUUUAUUACAUCGUUGUAAAGAUAUUUUUCUUCGACAAUCAUUUGGUGUUGUCAUUUUUGACGAGUCACAUUUUCUAAAAAGUAGCAAAACUGCUAGAUAUAAUGCCGCAAAAGAAAUAGCAUCACAGGCAAAUCAUGUAAUUUUAUUGAGUGGAACUCCGGCUUUAUCACGACCAAUGGAACUUUAUUCGCAAAUAACAUUAAUUUCUCCAAAUUUCAUGGGUGCCACUGAAUUUGGAAUUCGUUAUUGUGCUGGUGUAAAAAGAACCUUUGGUUGGGACUUUACUGGAUCAUCAAAUUUACAGGAGUUGGAUUUGUUUUUAAAAGCCUUUUGUUUAAUAAGAAGAAUCAAAAGUGAUGUACUUCAAGAAUUACCUUCGAAAUUGAGACAAGUCGUUGUGCUGGAUCCGCAUAUGAUAAAAGUUGGUACUAAAGAAAUGGAAGAAAUGGCAAUGAAAUUGCAAAGAAAAGCUCUAACGGGAGCUGAGAAGCACAGCGCACUUUUACAAUAUUACAGUGAAUCAAGUGUUGCAAAACAAAAAGCUAUUUGUAAUUAUAUUACUGAUUUACUCGAGAGGGGAGAAAAAUUUCUUGUCUUCGCUCAUCAUCAAGGAGUUUUGGAUGCCAUUUGUGAUGUCAUCAGAUCAAAGAAAAUUGAUUACAUUCGAAUUGAUGGCAAAACAAAUCCUGAACAAAGGAAAUAUUUCGUUGAUAAAUUUCAAGAUGAACGAGAAGUUUUAGUUGCCGUUUUAUCAAUAACAGCAGCAAAUGCUGGAAUUACAUUGACAGCUGCUCAACUUGUUGUUUUUGCUGAAUUAUCCUGGAAUCCUGGAAUUUUGUGUCAAGCUGAAGACAGAGUUCAUCGAAUAGGACAAGAUCGUGGUGUUGUUAUUCAAUAUUUAAUAGGUAAAAAUACAGUCGAUGAUUAUUUAUGGCCAAAAAUUCAACAUAAACUUGAAGUUUUAAGUAAAGUUGGUUUAGAUCAAGAAUUUACAGUUAAAGAUGAUAAUGUAUCAAUACAAGUGGCAAUUGAUAGUGAUCAAAAGCAAAUUGAUGAAUUUAUUAAUGAUGAUUCAUCUUUAAAUUCAAAUAGAAUGUUAAAAACAAAACCAUUUAAUUUACAAUCAACAUCAUCAUCAUCACCAUCAAGUGAUAAAAAAAAUCAAACCCGCCUCGAUUCUUUUCUAUUGCAAAAAGAUAAUAAUUUUUCAUCGCAAGAAAGGAAAAUUAAUGAAAAUUGUAAUUCCUUGGCUAAAUUAUUGGAUGAUGAUGAUGAUUUUUGUGAUAUAGAUUUAAAUGAAUUUACAUAGUUAAUUUGUUAAAAAUUUAAAAAUGAAUGCCUAUUUUUUUAUUUAUAGAAAAAAAAAGUUGAAGUCGAUUAAUGACUGAGGGAAUAAAUAUAUAAAUUUCUAGAAAAA